AUGGCUUCGUUCGAUCGUACGCUCGUGUUCGGUGUUCUCGUUGUGUGUGCGAUGCUCUGUAUGGUGAGCGCCGAGUCAACCGAGGCCGAUGGAAGCUUCGAUGCAGAUUUGACAGCUGGUCGCACGUUUGGUCAUCAUUUCCUGAAGCGCAUCAGCUUCGCCAUGAUCCCGGCCGCGUUCGUUGUCGGCGUCAUCACGACCCUACUGUCCGCCCUGACUGUCGUUUCCAUGAAGGGAUUGGGUGUUGGAGUGAUCCUUCUGGUGCUUACCAUCUCGCAAGUCAUUGCCAGAAGCUUCCCGGCUCCGUUGCCACCACCGCUCCCGGUGGCCUACAGUGCCCCCGCACCGGCCCCCAUCCCGCUCGUCUACAAGGACUGGUGA